CCCGCCCCCUGCACCCCUCCACUACCGGUAAUUAAAGCUGAGGAUGUGUGAUGCAACCAGCUGUAAGGAUAUUUUCCCAACUCCUGUCAGCAAGUUCUGACUUUCACUUAAUGUCAGCUCUGGUUCUGAAGGACAAGGUGUAUCGACGCGUGUAGACGCUUCGGUUUUCGUCACGCUGCGUUCCGUUAAACGGCCACACGGUUGAACUGUCAGUUUUUUUGCUAACAUUAGCAGCUCGUUAGCUCGGUUUGAUUUCACUCCGGUCUCUCUUCGCCGCCCCUCCUCUCCUCAGGACCUCCUUAUGUGUACAUUUUGAGGCGCUGGGUGCCGGAGGAGUCACCCCCUCUCUCGUUUAGUGGAUCUAAGCUUGAAUAAAUGGCCACCGCUGCUCCCCCUCCCGCCGCUAGCUCACCCGCGGCCGCCGACAACCCGACUCCCGGAUCCAGCGGCUCGACUUCGGCCGACGGCGGCAACCAGGACAGCACCUUCGAGUGUAACAUUUGUCUGGACACCGCCAAGGAUGCGGUGAUCAGCCUGUGCGGCCACCUCUUCUGUUGGCCCUGUUUGCAUCAGUGGUUGGAGACCCGACCAAACAGACAAGUGUGUCCAGUUUGUAAAGCUGGAAUCAGCAGAGACAAAGUAAUCCCCUUGUAUGGGAGAGGAAGCACAGGACAACAAGACCCCAGGGAAAGAACACCCCCCCGACCACAAGGACAGAGGCCCGAGCCAGAAAACCGUGGGGGUUUCCAGGGAUUCGGCUUCGGAGAUGGAGGUUUCCAGAUGUCAUUUGGAAUCGGUGCCUUUCCGUUCGGUAUUUUCGCCACGGCUUUUAACAUCAACGACGGACGACCUCCUCCAGCCGCUCCGGGGACACCGCAGCACAUGGACGAACAGUUUCUGUCUCGGCUCUUCCUGUUUGUCGCUCUGGUGAUUAUGUUCUGGCUGCUGAUUGCAUAAUAAUAAGAAAUGUGUUAGCUCGAAGGAUUUCUCAGAGAUCACAUACGGCAAGUCGUCUUGGUUUUUUAAAAUGUUUUGUGAUUCUGCCUUCAUACUUUUUUAAAAAUUUUUUCUCUCCUUGGCAUCAAGUCACAUGAAUGAAGCUUUUUUUUUUUUUUAGUUAUUAUUAAAGAUAUGUUCUAAUUUAGGCUUUCAUCAUGAUUCACGUAACACGGCCAUCUAGUGUGCUACCACGUUCCUCUCAUUAUCUUAUCUGUUUGCGUUACUGUUAAUUUUAAAGACAUACAGAAAAUUUAAAGUGAGAGACAAUGAAAGAGUGAGACAGUCAUGAAUUUUAAGACCUACACCUGUACUUUUAAUACUAAAAUGUCCUCUGUGAAUAAAAGGCCUCUCCAUGCUAGACGAGCUGCAAAGAAACCCCCUAGUUUCUUACUUAUUCGCUGAAUACCAGCAUGUGCUUUCUCCGUGUUGUCUUCUUACUCCCACUGAGGCGGCAUCCCAAAUCACUCCCGCAUUCACUCAUUCAGUACUGCCUUUAAAACAGACACUCACUAGUGAGCAUGAAUUAUGUAGAAAUUUCACAAUCAUGAUUUUGAGGUGUCGGUAUCAGCUUCUCACUUCUGUAAAGGGACUCUUUGUGGGAUUGUUCGCAGAAAGUAGUGAAUGUGUCAUGGACGCUCCCUCUUUUUUGCAAAUGUGUGCAAGUUUUGAGGUCCCUAUGUGUGGUUUGUGAGAGGAAAGGGCUCAGGGUAAAUAUGCAGAGGUAGGAAAAAGUUUUAAUACACCCUUAAAAUUUUAUACUCUCAAAUAUCAGGAAAUAUUUGUGGAAGAAUCUUUUGUGUUUCAAAAGGUGUGACAACAUUAAACGGACACAAAUGUAUAUUUUUUUGGUUUUUGUUACAACUGAAAAUGGCAAGACUAAAUUCUACCCAAAUGAUCCAACACUCAAAAUGUCUUGUAUUUAUGGAACCAAUUAAUUUUAAGUUUCUAAUGGCUUUUUUAGGAUUUAUUUAGUAUUAUGGCUGUGACUGUACUACACAACCAAAAUAAACUGCACUUGAAGGAUGGGAUGUCUGAAAACUUUUUUCCACCACUGUAGUGACUACGUACACGGGGAUGACAAAUUAAAGGAAAAGCUGUUGUUGGCUCCCAAACAGCUUUAAUGCACCUCAGCAUUGAUUCUUUAAGACUGUAAAACUCUGCUGCAGGGAUGAAGCAGCAUUCCCCCCCUCUCGUUUGAUGUUUUAACAAUGACCAAAAUCUCCCUUAAAUGUUCAACUGAGUUUAGUUCAAGGCGAGAACAUACGAUUGACAUCAUUUUCAUACUCAAACCGCUCAGUGACUCCUCGUACACUACUAGUGUGAGCAUUGUCAUCCAAAGAGACGACCCCCAUCGGGAGGGAAAAUAUUCCAUCGUGUAAUGAAAGGUGAUCACUCAAAAGCAACUUUGUGUUGAUUUGCAGCGAUCAUUUUUUCACACAGUGGAUCCAAACUAUGCAGGAAAAUGACCUCAUACCAGAUCAGCAGACCACCAGAUGGUCAAGCAUUCAGUUUUUCCUUUAAUUUGUCACCUAUCUGGGAGAUGGGAGUGACUUUGGACUCAACCUUAAUGUACUAAGAAUGUGGGUUUUCCCCCUCAUUCAGAUGUACCCAAUAUAUAUUCAAAUUGCACAUCUCAAAGUUACCAAAAAUCAAAGACGUUCUGAGGAAUCAAUAUACUGUCACACUGACAUUUUAUUUUAGAUGACACUGGAAAGGAAUGUUUAUGCAUGUAAGCAGUGGAAAGAUUAAAUGUAUGAAACUGUGUUCCUUUCUUUCCAAACUGUAAAACCUUUUAUUCUGCUCAAUUUACUGUAUGUCACUGUAAUUAAAUGUAAAAUACUGUGGAUUAGAGUUUAAAUCAAGUUUGAUUCAUUGAACAUGAAGCAACUUUUCUAAAUGUCAAUUCACUCUAUUGACAGUAAAGCUAUGUAAAUGAA